GCCACAAAAAAGCAACGACGCAGGAAAAGGGAUGGCGGUGUGUGUAACUGGUGCUUCUGGCUUUAUUGCUUCAUGGCUCGUCAAGCACCUUCUUCUCCGUGGCUACUCUGUCAGAGGCACUGUACGUAAUUCAAAUGAUCCAAAAAAGAUAGACCACUUGCUGAAACUUGAUGGCGCCAAGGAGAGAUUGCAGCUGAUGAAAGCAGAUUUGAUGGAUGAAGGUUCCUUUGAUCCUGUUAUUGAGGGAUGUGUGGGUGUCUUUCAUACUGCUUCUCCCUUUAUUAUUAAUGAUAUCAAAGAUCCACAGGAUGAACUAAUCGAUCCAGCGGUCAAAGGGACUCUCAAUGUUCUCAAGUCUUGUGCUAAAUUUUCAUCAGUGAAACGUGUCGUUUUAACUUCCUCCAUUGCUACGGUUGCCUAUAAUAGAAAGCCUAGAACUCCUCAUGUUGUUGUUGAUGAGACAUGGUUAUCAGAUCUUGAUUUAAGUAGGGAAUCUAAGCUUUGGUACAGAGUUUCCAAGAUUUUGGCUGAAGAUGCUGCCUGGAAAUUUGUGAGGGAGAACAAAAUUGACAUGGUUACGAUCAAUCCAGCUACAACAAUUGGACCACUCUUGCAACCAACGCUUAACGCUAGUGCUGCUGUAAUUUUAAAUCUGAUAAAUGGUGCACAAACAUUUCCAAAUAAUAGUUUUGGAUGGGUCAACGUGAAAGAUGUUGCAAAUGCCCAUAUUCAAGCAUUUGAAACUUGUUCAGCUAAUGGAAGAUAUGUUUUGGUUGAAAGGGUAGCACACUUCUAUGAUAUUGUAAAGAUUUUGAGUGAACUAUACCCCUUGUUGGAACUUCCUGAAAAGUGUGCAGACCAGAGGGGACUUGAGCCUAAAUAUCAGGUUUCUAAGGAAAAGGCAAAAACUUUGGGAAUUGAUUUUAUUCCAUUGGAAAAAAUGUGUGGGAAAGGAAUGGUGGUGUGCGUCACUGGUGCUUCUGGCUUUAUUGCUUCAUGGCUCGUCAAGCUUCUUCUUCUUCGUGGUUACACUGUGAGAGCCACCGUGCGUGAUCCAAAUGAUCCGAGGAAGGUAGAGCAUUUGGUGAAACUGGAAGGAGCAAAGGAGAGAUUGCAUCUGAUGAAAGCAGAUCUGUUGGAAGAGGGUUCCUUUGAUUCUGCUGUUGAAGGCUGUGUCGGUGUCUUCCACACUGCUUCACCUGUGGUUCUUGGUCUCCACGUCGACCCUCAGAAUGAUCUUAUUGAGCCAGCAGUUAGAGGAACUCUGAAUGUUCUUAGAUCAUGCGCAAAAUCAACGUCACUGAAACGACUCGUUUUAACCUCUUCCAUAUCUGCAGUGAUGUGUAAUGGAAAGCCUCUAACUUCAGACGUUGUUCUUGAUGAAUCAUGCUUUUCAACUCCAGAUGGUUGCGAGCAAUUUAGCCCGGAAUGGACAGGAUAUAAACUUUCCAAGACACUGGCAGAAGGAGCUGCUUGGAAAUUUGUGAAAGAAAAUAACAUCGACAUGGUUACUAUCAAUCCAGCAAUGGUGAUAGGACCUCUCUUGCAACCAACACUUAACGCAUCGGUAGAAGCAAUUUUAAUUCUAUUUAAUGGUGCAAAGACAUUUCCAAAUAAAGUUUAUGGGUGGGUCCAUGUGAAAGAUGUUGCAAAUGCCCAUAUCCAAGCAUUUGAAAUUCCUUCGGCUAAUGGAAGAUAUUGUUUGGCUGAGACAGUGAAACACUAUUCUGAAAUAGUACAGAUUUUACGUGAACUAUACCCAAUGUUACAAUUUCCAGACAAGUGUGAGGAACAACCCCUGAAGCCAACAUAUCGAAUUUCUAAGGAUAAGGCGAAGACAUUAGGAAUUAGUGAGUUCAUUCCAUUUGAAGUGAGUCUAAUAGAGACGGUGGAAAGUUUCAAAGAAAAGAAAAUGGUUGACUUUUAAAUUGUGCUAUAUAUAUAUAUAUAUAUAUAUAUAUAUAUAUAGCCAAGUCAUAAUAUAUAUCUUUGCGGAAUAAAUGUUGAUUACAAUAAUCAUGAUUUUGUAUG